AUGACCUGCUCACCACCACUCACCACCACAGAAGACGCCACUCCCAAUAAUAGGCCAUUGCUCACAGUCAAGCUCGACAACGAUUCGAAGCGAAAGAGUGAUUUCGUGUGUGCCGACUAUCAAACACGAAACAAAAAGGCGAGGUCGACUGUCAUUCUGCAAGAGACAUACCGCCGUCGAUCAGCUCCUCCUGAAACUGCUGAAGCAUCACCACGACCCGCACGACGCCCUUCGUUGCCAAGUCCAACCACUACCAGUACCAACAACAACCUUCAAGCACCACGUUGGCAUAGCCAAGCUUAUCUUUUGUUCCUUGCAUUGAAACAGCAUCCUGCAAAAUGUCUUCCUCGAACAGAACUCAUUCGUGCAGCCUUGGAAUUGGAUGAGAAGAUCAGUAAGGAGUACAAGUUACCACGGCUAUUUCGCGGCAAGACACCUAUGAACUCGGCAUCUGCAAUACUCAGCAACAACAUUGAUCGUUAUUUUGUUCCUUUUCGGCCGGAUGGAAGUCGAUGCAUGCAUUUCCGAUUAGCGUAUGAUCCAAGCAAUUACAAGGAUGCUGUUCGUGUUUACAAGCAAUGGGAAUCUCGUCUCGCUCGUGAAGGAUGGCCCAUUUAUUUUGGUCAAUUUAUACCUGUCUUAGCUGGCAAAUGGUCCUCUCGAGUACAACCAGCAGCGACUGAAUUUGAUGCAUUUAUCCUGGCUCGUCGUCAAGAAGGGUUGCUAGAUACAAGCCAAGUCCCCAAAUCAUGGCAUGAUCUUGUAAAAGUGGUAAACGACGAGGAGGAUGAACACAAAAAGAAACUGAUAGCCGUACGUCAGUUGCCUGCCAACACACCCCUUGGUUUCUACUUUGGCGUUCCCAUGUGCAAAGAUGAAUUCAACUCAUUCAAGGAUGGUUUGGGAGAGGCUUCGGAACGAUGCGUGCUCUAUCGCAAUAUUAUACUCGAUGCAACGGAUGAUCGCGGUGAAAUCUUUCAAAAGGAGGUGUUUUGUCCAUUCCAUUUCAUGCGUGAGAGCACAAAUGCCGCACAUGCCAACAUGCUCCUUCUAGAAGGUACAGCACUCAACCAAGUCAUUUGUUGGACAAGGCGUGAAAUUGCACAAGGAGAAGAAUUGAUGCUUCCGGAUCGUCGAAAUUCCUUUCCCCAUCCAUCAGCUUAA